GUGCGGCCGCUAGUCACUGAGUAGCCGGCGCGCGCGCAUCUCGCCACAACGCGAUCCAAAAAUAUCGACCCGGGCGUCUGACAUGGGCUGACAUCUGUGCCGACCCCCGUGCCGUGCUGUGCCGUGCUGUGCCGCCAUGUCGCCCACUGCCAUCGGCGCUGACCUGCCACAGUGGUGCGGCAAGACUGAAGGAUGUCCACAAGCGCUUCUAGGAUGGUUGUACCUAACCCACGACCAAAACGAUCAGUGGAUGCCUGGUUCAGUGUGGGGUCCCCUGCCGACCGCAGCUCCGGGCUCUACGCAGCCAGCCUCAGACGACACCAGUUCCCUGGCUGAGCAGCUCAACGCGCUGUCGCUGCGCAGGCCGCCGCGCCCGCCUCCGCCCGCGUACAUGUGCCAUCUAUGCUUCAAGAAGGGACAUUAUAUUGGAGAUUGUCCUCAGGCCCGUCCGAAGGGCGAAGGGCUGACCCCCUACCAAGGCAAGAAGCGUUGCUUCGGCGAGUACAAAUGCCCGAAAUGCAAACGCAAAUGGAUGAGCGGAAACUCGUGGGCCAACAACGGCCAGGAGUGCAUAAAGUGCCGCAUUAAUGUGUUUCCACAUAAACAGCGGCCUCUGGAGAAGCCGGACGGCCUGGACGUGAGUGACCAGUCCAAGAUCCAUCCUCAGCAUCUGUGCCAGAAGUGUCGCUCACUCGGCUACUAUUGUCGACGCGAGUAUUAAUACAUAAGGUAUGAAAUGUAAGGUCUAUAAGGGCAGAAGGAAAUCAGUGCGAAACUUGGGGGCAAAAUAAAAAGCCCCUAAGUAAACUGUCGUAUCUGAAUAAAAUGUUACGUUAUCUAGGUACUGUCUACUACCAAACCCAUUAAAAACUUAGUAAAUGAUUUUUAAUUAAGUUUGUUUUCGUUUAUUAACUUUUGAAUUAGCGUUUGGUAGUAAACAAUACCUUGAUAACGAAACGCUAGAAAGUGUAUAUUUCUGUUUUUGCAGAUACGAUAGUUUACUUAGGAGCCGUCAUUAAUCAUUGUGACUUCAAAAAAAUCUUUAAAUUGGCAGUAUAAUGUGAAGAAUCAUUAUUAGUGUUUAAGUGACUUUUAUGAAGUCUUUAUGUCACAUUUUGAAAGCCGGGGAGACAAAUCACUUAUAAAGUUAUUAAAUAGUUUACCGGUAAGGACUUUCGCCCCCCGGAAAAAUAUCUAGGUUCAUCCCAGUAUUCAAAAAAUUGAUAUAGUUGAUUAUAGUAUUCGAAUUUAGAACAGUCAUUUCGCUUUCAUAACUUAUUUCUUACAUCAUGUAAAGGAAACAUGUUGUUACACUACUAAGUUGGACAAAAUGUAUCCCUCAGAAUUUUAUAAAUAAAAUUGUCAUAAAAGGAUGCAUUGAUUAUUUGACAAUGGAUUCGAUAAUCGAAAAAGUUAUUAUAUAGAUAUUGUUUUCAUAUGCACCAUGCUUUCCAUGGCACACAUAAUGCCAAUGAGAAAUUUACUGAUAUGGUAUUAACAAUUGAAAUAAGUACUAGUACAAGCGUUUUCUAUUUCUCUAAGUAGUAAGGGAAUAGAGAUCGAAUAUGCGAAUACUUACUAUUAUUUCAUGUAGAUAUAAUAAUCAUCCAAAAGAUUUUUAUUUUUAGUUUUAUACCAUAUCUUGAGCUAUGGGUAGCACAUUUAUUGCCCGAGAGAAUGGGAUUUAAUCGUGUAAUUAUAUAUAAUUUAUUUGUUACUGAUAUGUUUACAUUAUGUAUAAUGAAUAUUAAUUGAUUUCUACUUAAUAUAUAUUUACAUUUAAGGAUUUUUCACAGAACUAAAUGUAUAUUUCGGUAGUGUAUUUUUAAAAGAAUAUUUGUGUAUUUUUAGUAAAGGCCUCGUUAUGAAAGGCCUUUAAUUUGUUUAUUAUCAACUCCAAAUGGCAUUGCAGUUACUUAUUAUUGUAUAUGUAUAUUUAGAUGGUUAAAUAUAUUUUGUUAUAGAUGUAUGCAGCCGCGUUUACCCUACUAACGUUUCAAAUGUCUGUGUUAGAAUGUUAUUUUGAUCUCUAAAACGUUUUAGCUAAAGACUUUCCCGCCGUUACACCCACCACUACAACUACUGUAAGCCAGGAUCAGCAGUGGCACGCAUUUUAUGACACCGAGCAGUGAAGCUCGGCGAGUCUCAGGGAAUACUAAUUUUUAUUUAUACCGGAACGAAAUUAAUCAAAUAGAAAGAUAGGGAGGAGUUGGAAAUAUUAAUUAAUAGCGUUUGGGCUAAACGGGUUUAAUAAAUUAAUGGUCUAAUUAUGCAGUUUAUAUUUUACACAGGGUCAUUUUUACUUUGUUUUAAAUGAAACCACAUAUUCACCUUUACGUCUGAUAACAUUGUACCGAAAAUCAUGUAUGUAUUACGAAUAUUUUUUCCAAUAUUCCCGGUUUUAGAUUUGAAUUUUUUUUUAUCAUUUUGUAGCUUCGUGCCAAAAAGGUGUGUACAAGUGUAUUUCUAACUGAUAGUAUGAUGUCUCCGCUCGAACUAAUUCUCUUGUAGUAGUAGUGUCCGUAAGACAUGCAAAAUUAAAAUGAGUUUAUUAAUAUUUAUUUUGUUCAAAACUUAUAUUUUUUUAUUUUAAAUCUAUGGUUCGAAUAACUUAGGUAAAGUGUUAUUUCCAAGAAGACAAUGAUAUGGAUUAAUUUAUUAACGCUGUCUAAAUGACCCUGUAUAGUGCUAGAAGUAUAAAAUCAGAUCAAUAGCAUCUGGGCCCUCAUGAUAUUUUCCUAAUUACGUAUCAUGGGUAUCACCAACUAUAAAAUAUUAUUAUUUUGGAAAUGAUUUUUUUUAAAGAAAAACAUAUAUUACGUAUAAAUAACAUUCUAAUACAGUUUCAUAGCAAAUAUUAACUAUACGAGUGACUUAACACUAUGUAUAUAAGAUGUCAAUAUAAUAUUAACAAAACCUUAUUAAACUUUUAAUACUAUUAAAUUCAAUAAUAGUUCUUCAAAGAAGACUAUUUCUCUAUCAAAUAAUACGCACAUACACACGUGACGGUAACGUACAGUGACCGGGUCGUAACCGGACCGUAUCCGGACCGUCACCGGGCCGUGCUUCUUACGUCAUUAACUUAGUACUCUGUCCCGCCUAAGAUUUGACGAUGUUUUACCUAUUUCGGCUAACAAAACUUGUUAUAGUUUUAAGAUUCAUUGUUUCACGGAACAAACGGUAUGAAAGAAAUACUUUGUAGUUUAUGAGGAGCAUAAAGAACAAUACGCGUAAGCGCUAGAUUUUUUUUAAUCAGCUAGCCGCCUAUGGUCCAUCCUUUCUACUCUAUGGGACUCUUAAAUCUAUUUGUCUUCAUUAAAUGGUAGUACUGUAGAUAGUACUUAGGGUCAGUGAUUGUAAUCCAAAGAUCUUUGUCAUAUUAUAUUCAUAAAAAUUAUAUUAUUGAUAAAUGCUGGACAUUAUCAAAACCCACCUAAACAUUUUACUUAUCAUCUCUGAGACUCCUAGACCAUUGACUUCUUGUGCAUGUUUUUAGAAAAAAAAUGAUUAUUUCUUCUAAUUAUGUCUAGCAAUCAAUAAAGUGAAACCAUGUUAUGAUUGUUUCAUUACCUUUAUAACAAUCAUUUGUACUUUAUUCUUAUCUUAGAGAUAUAAAACAUUAACCCAAAGAGCCAGUGAAUUCUAAACGUGCCAAAUAUUUUAGAUUUUAAGUUAACUCUAAGGUGCCAUCUAUGUGCCAAUGUUUUGAAAUAAUUUUAGAUAAGGUUUUAUUUGAUUUUGAGCUAUAUUACUUUAUGGAUUAAAAAAGAAAUAUAUAUUUUAGUAAUGUAAUAAAAAAUUAUGUAUUUUGAAAUAAGAACGAGAUAAAAUUUUAUUUGAAAAAAGAACAUCAUUAAACUAACCUCUUUUGUGACAUUAUAAAGUCUUGUCAUAGAUAAUAAUGACAGCUUUAUUAAUUUGAGGGUAUUAACAAACCGAAAGAGAUUUGUGCCUUAAUUAUCAAAUAAAUUUAAGUGUAUAUCGCUGAAUCAACGGUGCUUAUUAAUUAGUAUUUCUUGUAUGUUGUGAAUGGCUAUAAAGAUAAUUUUCCUAAUGCAAAUAUUGUAUUAAAAAGUUAUUUUUUAUAAUAAACAACACAACAAUAAUUUUCCCAAAAAGAAAGUACCCACGAUAAAUGAAUAAUGUAUUUAACGGGGAAAAAGGAAAGAAAUUAAGAAGUAUUCCCAUCUUCGCCCUGGAGCUAUGCGUCCCCAACUUACUUUGUUACACAAAAAUGAAUCGUAUCAUUAUUAGUAAUUCGAUUUUAAAUUCAAUAAGUGACUGAAGUGUGAUAGGUCAACGAACCUCUAAAAUCUACGAUUUAAUAUAUUAUGUAGUACUUACCGCCAUUUUCAAUAAAUGAUCCCAAUCUCUUUUUUCGAUCUAUCUCGAAAUAUGAACCAAUCAGAACAAAGUUUUUUGACAUAUUUACAAAUGAGUUAUUUUGAUUGGUUCAUUCUCAAAAUUGGAUUGAAGAUUGAGAUUGGGAUCGUUUAUUUAAAAACCGCUGUUAGACGAGCAUCAUUUAACAGCAUAAUCUUAAUUGUUAAUUCAAUUUUAAUUUUCGCCAAGAACGUGUAGAAAAAAAAUAUUUCUGCAUUGAUAAGAGUCAAAUUACCGUAUCUGGUAGUAAUUUCGAUAAUAAUGAAUUUAAUUCCUUUUAACUUGUUAUUCGCCCCGUUUACCAAUAUUAUUACAAUAAAAUAUUCAACAUAAUUAACGUUAGAAUUUGCAGAAAAUACUUGUUUUAUAUUACCUUAUUUGGACAGCAUAAAUACUAAACAUAUGAGAAACUUUAGUAUUUAAAUGUAGCUACUUAUACUUGAGGAGGCAAUUCACAUUUAAGUCUUAAAUAUGCACGUCGUAAUUUCGCGUUAAAUAUAAAAUUAUGCAGACAGUUUUUUAAUGUAAAACAGAUGUUGGGAGCAUCUGUAUUGUAUUACCUCAGAACAAUAAAUAAAGCUAUUGUUUUGUAUUCCACAAUGCGCUGUUUUUUUUUGUGUGUAUUUUUUUGCUUCUGGCAAGAAAAUAAAAUGAGAUUUUAUAAAAAAAAAAUCUGGCAAAUACUGAAUGUCUUCCUGUUAAAACUAUUGCAUGUCGUAGAACUUAAACUAAACAAAGUAUUUUAAUGUGCAUUAAAGUUUAAGUACAAUAUGCCAAUGAUUUUGUAAUGCUAGGGUAAGGUCACGUAUUACUUAAAUAUUAUUGAUGAACAUAAUCUUGUAAUCUGUUACUUAAUUACGUUUAUUGUAAUCAAAGAUUUUUAAUUUUUAAAUAAAUUUCUUUAAAAAUA